AUGGGAAGAGCCUCUUCUAAUACGGAACCAUUUUGGUUUCUCCACGUUCGCUAUUCUCUUCUCAUAAUGUUGCGAGUUGGAUCAUGGCUUUACGGCAAGAAGCCGGCGCAGUCUGUGGACUCGUCGACUGAACUUAAAGAUCCCGCAACCCUGAUUCUAAAUGACGAUGUGGAUGGGGCAGAAAGUGGCCUUUCGACGGGGUCCUCGACAUUUCACAAUUUGGGCAAAGGCGUGGUUGCGUUUGUGCGAGCGACUCUGGGUUUCGAGCAGGAGAUUAUGCGCCAAGCAUCCGAACGUCUGUACGAGGCAGAAAACAGCGCGGCUAGUGACCAGACCCGAGCACAACAAAGUGCUCAGGACCCCAAUGCCUUUCACUCGGAGAUUUAUGCCGCUGGCGCUGAAUACGCACUAUGCCAGGCAAUUGCACAGCUGAUGAGUGCGGUAGUUGGAGUGUUGAACGAAAGCUUGACCGAAAGUAUCAAAGCAUUUUACCGACUGAGAAAGGCGUAUAUCACGCUAGACGCCAUCAUGAAGAUGGAGGAAAAGUUCAUGGAACUCAGAGAUCCGAACAAGGUACUGCUUCCCACCGCAAGUGACCUUGCCCGGUCGACCGCUGCAUGCCCGGACACACAGUCGGAGACUUCCAGCCUGUCAUCCAAAAAGAACGCCAAGGCAGUCACCGUUGAGCACAACGAGAUCAACAAGUCAAUGAACGACCUGUCCAUAGCUUCAGGCGUGGUAUCCCCUGCCGGAUCAGCGGGUCCAUCUACUCCCAAGCAUAUCCACCACGACCCCGACUCCGACAUUUUCAAGAACGAGAUUGACGUCUUUGUGCAUUCUGGCGCGAACUUUUGUUUUGGUAUCUUGCUUUUACUCAUCUCCAUGGUCCCUCCUGCAUUUAGCAAGCUUCUUUCGAUCAUUGGUUUCCACGGAGACAAGCAGCGAGGAUUGAGGAUGCUCUGGCAAGCUAGCAAGUUCCACAACCUCAUUGGCGCCAUGGCUGCUCUGGCAUUACUCGGAUACUAUAACGGGUUUGUUCGGUACUGCGACAUUAUGCCCGACCCCACACCCGGCGAGGCCGACGUUGAGGGAUACCCACAGGAGCGUCUGGCAGCCCUGCUGGCAGAAAUGAGGUCCCGUUUCCCCAACAGUCGACUGUGGCUGUUGGAGGAAUCUCGAAUGAAGGGUGCGAACAAGAAUCUUGAUGGUGCCUUAGAACUAUUGUCGUCGGACAACAAGAGUCCCCUCAAGCAGGUUGAAGCGCUCUGUGUGUUCGAGAAGAGUUUGAAUGCGCUCUUCUUGCACAGAUACGAAGUCUGCGCUGAAGCCUUCAUUGAGUGCGUUGAUCUCAACUCUUGGUCCCGCUCGCUCUAUUACUACAUCGCAGGAUCCUGUCACGUCGUGCUAUACCGACAAUCUCUCCAUGACCCCAAGCUUGCUGAAGAACACGCUAAAAAAGCUGCACUAUAUAUUCGCAAAGCACCCGGAUUCGCUGGCACGAAGAAAUUCAUGGCCCGCCAACUGCCGUUCGAUGUGUUUGUCACCCGCAAGAUCGCUAAAUGGGAGGCCCGCGCCAAGGCCUGGGACGUCCCUCUUGUGGAUGCGAUCGGCGUUGAUCCAAUCGAAGAGAUGAUCUUCUUCUGGAACGGUCACAGCCGCAUGACGGACGAAGAGCUCGAAGAAUCUCUCACCCGACUAGCGUGGUGCGAAAGUGAGGCCAACAAAACCUGGUCCCGCGAAGGUCACGAAGAAAAGGCUAUCCUGGAACUGCUCCGGGCUGCAGUACUUCGCUCAUUGAACCGGUUCCAAGAGGCGAAGAAGAUCAUCACGACUCGCGUUCUGAACCAUGAUAAAGCACUGUUCAAGGGCCAUCUCAAGGAUGACUGGGUUCACCCCGUUGCGCACUUCGAGAUGGCAGCGAACUUUUGGAUGGAGAGACCUAACUACCAGGCUUUGCAUGGCAAGUCUGAAUGGACGUCUAAUGGGGAUGAUACAGAGGUCGAGCGAAAGCAGGUGCGUGAGUGUAGGGAAUACCUGGAGCAUGCUGCUCGGUGGGAGAGUUAUGAACUUGAUGCACGUAUUGGACUCAAGGUCACAGCGGCCAUGGAGGCUGUCAACAAAUGGGAGAGUAUGCAUCCCGUAGCUUAG